GCGGCAGCUUCCGCGGUGCAACGCCCGCGUCCGGACCCUCCGCGGGAGCCGGGGUCCCACCGGUGGUUGUGGUGGUGGGCUCAGAGCUGGAGGCCUGACUCGGGUGGCAUUCUGGCGUGAGGCAGUGCGUUCUGCGACCCUGCGAGAUGGAUGGGGCCGAAGGCAACGCGGGGCAGCCCGGCCCUGCGGAGCGGUCCCACCGAAGCAGCGUAUCCUCCGUGGGAGCCCGAGUAGCAGAUGUGCUGGUGUACCUGGCCGAUGACACGGUAGUGCCCCUGGCUGUGGAGAACCUGUCCUCCACCAGUGCCCAUGAGCUGCAUCGUGCAGUGCGUGAAGUCUUGCAGCUCCCUGACGUGGCCCUGGAGGCCUUCGCACUCUGGCUCGUCUCCCCUCUGCUGGAGGUGCAGCUGAAACCCAAGCACCAGCCCUACAAGCUGGGCCGCCAGUGGCCAGAGCUGCUGCUGCGCUUCACCGACGCCUCGGAUGAUGAUGUAGCCAUGGAUGAGCCUUCCCUUCAGUUCCGAAGGAAUGUGUUUUUCCCAAAGCGUCGAGAGCUCCAGAUCCAUGAUGAGGAGGUCUUGCGGCUGCUCUAUGAGGAAGCCAAGGGCAACGUGCUGACUGCUCGGUACCCUUGUGACUUGGAGGACUGUGAGGUGCUGGGUGCCCUCGUGUGCCGUGUGCAGCUUGGGCCCUACCAGCCCGGCCAGCCUGCUGCCUGCACUCUGAGGGAGAAGUUGGACUCCUUCCUCCCUGCCCACCUCUGCAAGAGAGGCCACGGCCUCUUUGCUGCCUUCCGGGGCCAUGGGGCCAAGGCUGGGCCAGGCGAGCAAGGCCUGCUGGAUGCCUAUCGCCAAGUAAAGGAAGCAACGACAGGCAGUGACAGUGAGCAUGACACCACCUUGGGCUCCUAUUAUCGAGCCUACCUCGUCAAGUGCCACGAGCUGCCCUUCUACGGGUGUGCCUUCUUCCAUGGUGAAAUCGACAAGCCGGCCCAGGGCUUCUUGCAUCGGGGUGGUCGAAAACCAGUGACCGUGGCCAUCAGCCUGGAGGGUGUGCACGUCAUCGACAGCAGGGAGAAGCAUGUAUUGCUGGGCCUGCGCUUUCAGGAGCUGUCGUGGGACCACACAUCCCCCGAGGAGGAAGAGCCUGUCCUGUGGCUGGAGUUUGAUGGUGACAGCGAGGGCACGCCCGUCAACAAGCUCCUGCGGAUCUACUCCAAGCAGGCCGAGCUGAUGAGUGGCCUCAUUGAGUACUGCAUUGAGCUGAGCCAGGCCGCUGAGCCCGCUGUCCCCCAGGAGAGCGCAUCUGGGCCCCAGGAAGCUCCCAGCCCUUCUCCACCGCCCACUCAGCGCCCCAAGCUGCGAAGGCAGGGUAGCGUGGUGUGUAGCCGGAUUCAGCACCUCUCCACCAUUGACUACGUGGAGGACGGCAAGGGGAUCAAGCGGGUGAAACCAAAGCGCACCACAUCCUUCUUCAGCCGACAGCUCUCCUCCAGCCAGGGGAGCUACACUGUGGUACAGCCCACCGAUGACAGCCUGGAGCAGAGCUGAGGGAAGCCCUGCCUGGCGGCAGGACGACAUCUGGGUGUCCUAGACCUGGACAGGCACUGUCCCCGGCAGGGCCAUGCCGCAUUAGGCUGAGGCCGUGCGCCUGUGUGGGGUGCUGUGCAGGGUCUGUUGGUGUUUCAUACCAUGGAAAAGUGACAUCCAAGCUGUCCCUGAACCUGGACUGGGCAGAGCUUCCUUGAACUCCAGGCCCACUGAGACCCCGCUGGCCCUCCUGCUUGACCCCAAGUGGACUGUCUUCUCAGAACUGCUGGCAGUUCUCAUGGCAGGUGACCGGAGUCAGAGCUCAGGACCUGCAAGUUCAGGUCCUGGGACCUUGGUGACCUUACCUUGCAUUCCUUCUGCCGACCUUCUAUCCACACUGCCAGGACAGGAUGCCUCCUUCUCUCCCGGCGUAUGCCGGGACUGGAGGGAGCGUCUGCAGGCCAAGCCGAGUAUAUGGGCUGUCUUUCUGUCUGCCUUUGUUGAUGUCUGUGCUGAAUUGUGGCUGUCCUGGGACGUCCUUUUCCACACAGGAAAAGCCCUUAACUUCCCUGGGCUGGAAUGGCUCUGCAAACACACCUGCCAGUCCGCUUGUUUUUGUGUGAACUGGGUCUCAGGGUUAGAUUUUGUCUUGUCUCAUCUGCUUUGAGUGGAUAAAGCCUGGGACCUGGCAACUCAAAGAUCUCCCUUGCCAGCACCAGCACUGCACUGUGGCUUCCCUGAGGACAGCCAUAGAGACUCACGCUGCCUCUCCCCCUAAGGCUGUGUAAAGGAGACCCCAGCUCUAUCCCCCCCCACACACACCCCCCAGCAGCCUUGACUGCUCUUGGGAGGAGCUGGUCCAGGGAAGGGUGCUUUCCAGGCCCUUGAGCCCCUCUGUGGUGAGUACACAGCUCUCAGUACUUCCUGGGAACUCCCACAAUGCCCCCGACACACCAUGCUUAGCUUGGUGUGCUCAGUGGGAAGCCACAGAAAUGCAAGCCCACAUUUCUCCAAAGGAAGGCAGCCCACCUGCCUAGGGAGCCCCAGAGGUCUUGGCAGCAGAAAGGAAAGGCUGGCCUCACCGCCUGGAAUGGUGUGGGUGGUGACACCUGCCGCUUGUAGUCGGUCCUCUUGGGGCCACGUGCCUUCUCGGAGCUACCAGCCCACUCUGUUAGCAACGACCUUUUGGUUGUCUCUGCUCUUGAUGGCUCAGGUGCCUUAUGUGCGCGUCAGGAGGUGGAUGCGUGGGUAUGCAGACUUUGUUCCUACUUGAGCCUUUGAGUUUCCCAGUUACCACUGUGCCUUAACCCUCAGACAGAGCACUGUUCUACUAAAUGCCUUGUGUGUCCUGUCUUUCCUAUCACUUGAUUAAUAAAAUUAGCACCUACCACA